AUGGAGAACACUACCCUCGUCAUCGUUCCAGGCUCUUUUGCCCCAGCACACUUGUACGAUGGCUUUGUCGAGAGCCUUAACCGUCAAAAAGUCAAGGCAGUUGUCAUCUCCACGCCCUCAGUGGGCCGAAAGGAGGUCCCAGCUACUAUGAGCGACGACACCCAAGAGAUCACCAAUGUUAUUUCCAAGCUUCUUGACGAGGGAAAGCGAGUCGUCUUAAUGACGCACUCUUACGGAGGCAUUCCAGGAACUGAGUCUCUCAAGAACAUUUCAAGAAAGGCCCGCGAGGCACAAGGCAAAGAGGGAGGCGUUGACAGGAUCAUUUACCUUACAUCGGUGGUCCUGCAGCCUGGUACAAGCAACUUCGAUGCUUUUUCAGGAGGUUUCCCUGAUUUCUUGACCGUGGAGGACGACUACAUGACCCUUGAUCCCGCUGGUAACGCCCCGAUCAACUUCUCAGACCUUCCUGCUGAGCAAGGGUUGGAGCUGGCCAAGAAGAUGUCCGACCAUUCUACACCCAGCUUCAAAGAGAAGCUGACGUACCCCGGAUACAACGAUGUGGAGGUUCACUAUAUUCUCUGUGAGCAGGACAAGGUUAUUCCUCCCCAGUUCCAAAAUGGUAUGAUCGAAGGUGUCAAGGCAUCGACUGGAAGGGAUGUUACUAUCUACACUAUUGAUAGUGGUCAUGUUCCUAUCGCUAGUCAGCCCGAUAACCUGGCGAAGAUCGUUGAGAAGGCUAUCAAGGCCUGA